AUGGUCGUCCUCAGCGUUCGCCUCUCUGCCCUCUGCGCCCUCCUCCUUGCCGCCAUCGUUGAUGCACAAUCGUCCAGCAAAGUCUCCUCGGCGGUGGCUGCAUCGUCGGCCGCUGCAUCUGCAAGCGAGGGCGUGUCCUCCGUCUUCACCAGUGUCGCGUCCUCCGCACCCGCGUCUGCCUCUUCUGCUAUCUCCAGCGGGCAGACGAACAUCGCGGUCGGAUCAGUAUCGACCAGCCGUUCUUGGAGCUCCAUCGUAUCGAGCGUCGACUCGGCCCCAGCCUCCGUUUCUGUGUCUGCCGCUCCCUCGGCAUCCACCGCUGCGACAGGUCCUCCACUCGAGUCCACUCACUACACGAUACCCAUCUCCAAAUACCCGUUCACCUCCUUCCCGGUGCCCUCGGCAUCCCCGAUACCCGGUGUAUUCCCCUCGACCUCGCCCAAGUCACCGCCCCCUCCAGGCUCGAGUCUUAUCCCAGACUUCGGCCCCGUCUGGAAGGCCGCACACGCCCGCGCCAAGAAGCUGAUCUCUGGCUGGUCGCUCGAGCAGAAGGUCGCAACCACGACGGGUGUCGGUAAUAUGAACGGGCGCUGCGUAGGCAACAUCCCCGCCAUUGCAGACUGGCCCGGUCUCUGCCUCGAGGACUCGCCUCUCGGCGUGCGUGGGACCGACUUUGUGACCGUGUUCCCCACUGGUCUCUCAGCGGCAACCACUUGGCAGCGUUCCCUCAUCCGUGCCCGUGGCCUCGCGAUGGGUCAGGAGUUCAAGGGCAAGGGUGUGCACGUCGCGCUCGGCCCUAUGAUGAAUAUGGGCCGCAUCGCCCAGGGUGGGCGUAACUGGGAGGGCUUCGGCGCAGACCCAUUCCUGUCUGGCGAGGCCGCUUAUGAGACCAUUCUCGGACUACAGGCGGGUGGUGUACAAGCAUGCGCGAAGCAUUACAUCGACAACGAGCAGGAACAUUUCCGCAUGCAGUCGUCCUCCAACGUCGACGACCGUACCCAACAUGAGAUUUACUUCCACCCCUUUCUGCGAUCGGUGCAGGCCGGCGUCGCCAGCGUCUUGUGCAGUUACAAUCUGAUCAACGACACCUACGCCUGCGAAAAUGACUACACGCUCAACGAGCUCCUGAAGAACCAGGCUGGCUUCCAGGGGUACGUCAUGUCCGAUUGGGGUGGGCACCACUCUACGCUUGCGGCGGUCGCGGGCAUGGAUAUGUCUAUGCCCGGUGACAUCGAGUUCGGCGACGGGACCUCGUGGUUCGGCGCCAACCUCACCGCGUUCGUACAGAACGGCACGAUUGCGGAGUCCCGCGUGGACGAUAUGGCUGAGCGCAUCGUCGCGUCGUGGUACCUCCUCGAUCAGGACCAGAACUAUCCCGAAGUGAGCUUCAAUGCGUUCUUCCCGAACGACUCGGCGACGAACGCCCACAUCAACGUGCAAGCCGACCACUACAAGAUCGUGCGUGAGAUCGGUGCUGCUGGCGCCGUUCUACUCAAGAAUACCGACUCGGCGCUCCCGCUCAAGAAGCCACGCAGUGUUGCCCUCAUUGGCAACGACGCUGGCCCGAGCUCCCGCGGCCCGAACGGAUACAUGUACGCCGCUGGUGUCGACGGCAUUCUCGCUGUGGGCUGGGGCUCCGGCAUGACCUCGUUCUCGUACCUCGUCUCGCCGCUCGAGGCUAUCCAGGCUCGCGUCCGCAGGGACUCAUCCGGGUCUCAGGUCUCGUGGUUCCUCAACAACUGGGACCUUGAAGGCGCGCAGGCGACCGCACUGGACCAGGAGGUCGCGCUCGUCUUCGUGAACGCGGACUCCGGCGAAGGCUUCCUCACCGUCGACGGCAACGAGGGCGACCGCAAGAACCUCACGCUCUGGGGGAAUGCCGAUGAACUCAUCGCCGCGGUCGCGACUGUAAACAAGAACACAAUCGUUGUCGCGCACUCCGUUGGCCCCGCGAUCAUCGAGCCCUGGAUUGAAAACCCGAACAUCACUGCCGUCGUUUGGGCUGGCCUUCCAGGGCAGGAGGCCGGCAACUCGAUCACUGAUGUCCUCUACGGCGACGUCAACCCCUUUGGCCGUCUCCCGUACACCAUCGCAAAGCGUCCGGAGGAUUACAGCGCGCAGCUCGUUACUGGCGGCGCCGACGACGAUAUCCUGCGGAUCGACUACACCGAGGGCCUCAACAUCGACUACCGCCACUUCGACGCCAACAACAUCGCUCCGCGUUUCGAGUUUGGCUUUGGCCUCUCGUACACAACUUUCUCGUACUCUGGGCUCCACGUUACGCCAAUCACCCACGCGGACCACACGUCCGCCAUGCUCGAAGCUGCUUGGGCCGCGGGCAAGGCUUCACCCGCCGACGAGGGCGCCGUCGCCGCGCUGUGGCUGCACCGCCCCGCGUUCGAAGUCACCUUCACCGUGAAGAACACCGGCUCCGUCGCAGGCACCGAGAUCGCGCAGCUCUACCUGCACUUCCCCAGCUCCGCCGGCGAGCCGCCCAACGUUCUCCGCGGGUUCCAGGAUAUUCAAGUACCCGCUCACAGCAGCGCUCAGGGCAAGAUCACGCUUUCUCGCUACGACCUUAGCGUUUGGGACGCGGAUGCGAAGGGGUGGAAGAAGCCCGCGGGCGAGUUCACGUUCUCGAUUGGGGCGAGCAGUCGCGACUUCCGUCUGAACGGCACCGUGCCGCUUUGA